CUCUGACUUCGGCUAGAUACUUUCGAGAAAGCGUUGACCUCUUGGCUUGGAUCAUCUCUUCGCGUUCUCUUUGGUGCUUGCUACGUGGAUCCGUCCAAGCAGAUCAGACGACAGUGUCCACACCCAAGACGACCGGCGAGUAGCAUUGUGCAAUAAUGGAGGCGUUCCAGCUUCUUUCUCGUGGAGGUGCGAAGUUUGACAAGAAGCGGUUCAAGGAAGAUGUCCAGCUCUUUGACAAAACAAAGCAAGACAAGGGCAAGGCUGUCGCACGACCUGCCGACGGCGACCUACCUGCGGAGUUAGACUUCUUCAAAUACGCUCAGGGGGGCUCAUCCAAGCGCUCAUUAAAGGCAGAUGGGGAAGAGGGGGGAAAUGCGAAUGGAGAGCCGUCUGAUCGACGGAAGAAGCGCAAGCUGAAUGACGGGGAUGCGGAGGAGGCAGAGCAAUCCGACGAAGACGACCCACCUAUGCCUCGCCACCGUGUCACUGCGAAGGGCUCCAAUGUACCCGACCACAUAGAGUCUUUUCAGCAAAUGCAGGAGAGAUACCAGACACCACCUUACUUGCUCGCGAACCUCACGCAGAGCGGAUAUAAACGUCCUACUGGCGUACAGUCCCAUGGCAUCCCGAUACUCAUGGAAUCCCGGGAUGUUGCUGCCAUCUCUCCGACCGGUACCGGUAAAACGCUAUCGUACCUGCUCCCUGUCAUGUCCCUCCUGGGCUCGCCUAUUUCUCGGACGAAGGCCGACGUGGGGACGGGCGUCCGCGCUAUCAUCCUCGCCCCAACGCGUGAGUUGGCGCACCAAAUCCAUAACGAAUGUCUCAAGCUCGCUCAGGGUCGGAAGUGGAGGAUCGUGCUCUUCAGUAAGGCGACGGCCAGCACCCUGGCGGACAAAAGCGUCCGAGACAAAGUUGACAUCAUCAUUAGCUCCCCUCUGCGACUGGUCUCGGCUCUCCAGGCGGGAAGUCUGGAACUUCAUAAUGUUCGACACGUGAUUUUGGACGAAGCGGACCGUAUGCUGGACGCAGAGUUCCUGUCACAAGUUCAAGAAGUCAUUGCAGCAUGUACGCACCCAGAGGUCCAGAAGGCCGUAUUCAGUGCGACGCUCCCGGCAGGCGCAGAGAGAGUCGCCAUGAGCAUGCUGCGAGAUCCGAUACGUGUCGUGGUAGGGCUGAAGGACACGCCUCUGCCGCUCAUCGCGCAGUCGCUCACCUACGUGGCGGAUGAUCCGUCGAAAUUGCCUACCCUUCUUCAGUAUCUGUCACAGCCAUACAAUCCGCCGCUCCUCGUGUUCGUGUCGACACAGCCGCGCGCGACGUCUCUAGCGGAGGAGCUGGUGCUUAAUGGAGUGCCCAAUGUCGACUGCCUGCAUGCCGGCAUGACUCACAAGGAGCGGGAAGAUGCCGUCGCUCGCAUGCGGCGUGGGGAAAGCUGGGUCAUGGUUAGCACGGAAGUCAUGGCGCGAGGCAUGGACUUCAAGGGCGUCAGAGAAGUCAUCAAUUAUGACUUCCCGCAGAGCGUACAGAGCUACGUGCAUCGAAUCGGUCGCACGGGUCGUGCUGGCAGGGAGGGCAAGGCGAUAACAUAUUUCACUAACGAAGACGCGCCGUUCCUCAAAACUAUUGGGAACGUCCUGCUGCAGUCCGGUUCGCCGGUGCCUGAAUGGAUCAUGAAGCUGCCAAAGCCCUCGAAAAUGAAGCGACGCCAGAUGGGCAAGGUGAAACGCGCUGAAGCAGUGAACAAUGCAAGUAGGAUCGGGCGGAAUGAUGCUAUCAAGAAGAGGUGAGUCUCCACAGACCGUGUAGCGAGUCAACGCAUGAAUCGAUAACGAUGUCAGGGAUAUGAUUGCGGGCUCCAA